AUGUUCAUUUCACCCCAAGAAUCCCACCUGAUCUCCGUCUGCGCGGGACAGGGUGAUCUUGCUGGACUGGCCGUUGCUGUCAAGAGUCUUGCUCAGCGGGAGAAGGUGACCGAAGCAGAAAUCUUAAUCUCGAGCAAGGACGACUUCCAGAGAACGGCGGCGCAUAUUGCAGCCCAGCUGGGAAAAAGGUCUUCCAUCGAGACAUUGGCAAGCCUGCUCGGCUCAGAAGAGAACAAGACCACUUACUUCAACAUGGCCAAUCGCUUUACGGGCGACCGGCCGGUCCAUACAGCAAUGCGAUUCGGCUACCUCGAAGUAUUGAGAGCUCUGGUUGCGCAUGGCGCUGACCCGACAGCCAAGAACCGAUUUGGAGAUACGGUGUUGGACUAUCCAGGGGAUUAUGAGAUGGACGAGGCUAAGAGCAUUGUCGACGAGUAUAGGGCAAAGUCUCCAUAG